UUUAACUGCUUGCUAAGCGUGACUAAUCAUCAUGUUAUUGACCGAACAGCGUUGAAUGCGCCACCAUGAGUAAGAGAAACUGACCGCAUUUUGUUUUCAAGGUAGUCUUUUUUGGUUUUGACCACUGACCUUUGGCCUACACACACACGGUACUCGGUUUCUGCGUUCCCUAUUCGUCCAACAACUUGCUAAAUGGGGGACAAUGGCGCCCGCUUUGCCAAUUUCAGUGUGAAUCAACGGUGGCCAAAUCAUAUUAAUAUCGAUGUGUUCCGUCAGACCUUGUGUCAGGCAUCGGAUGGCGAUCUCUUUCUGCGCUGCAACGAGCUGCAGGAGCGCUACUCGCGCCUCAACUGCGCCAUCCGCGAGGGAAAGGCCCUGAAAGUGGAACUGACCCGUCGCUGCAGCGACCACAUCCAGCAUUUGGAGGUGUUUGAGGAAGAAAUACGACAUCUGGAAGCGGCCGCUCAUGACAAGCAGAUCAAGAUGGAGGAGAACCAGCACACGGCGACGCAGUACAGCUGCGAGGCAGCGCUGCUCAUGAACCAGGCCGCGCCGAAACUCCCACCGGUCGCCGAGGAGACCGCCAUCGCCGGGGAUCUGGCUAAGCUGAGUGAUCAGAUCUUUGAGAUGUAUGCGGCGCUGCUGGUGUUGCGCGCGGGCGAAAUCAUCCUCUUCGAGGAUAUGAAGAGUAAGCUGGAGAAGCGUCCGGCGUGCACUCGCAAUGUCAAGCACCAGGUGAAGGAGCUGCGGAAGAAGAUUCGCGAGUAUGAACACACGAUACUGAAUUUGACGAACGAGCAGAAGAAAUGGAAGGGGACAUUGAAAGCGGGCAAGCUGAAUAUUUGUCGCCGUGCCCGCCAGCAACACAAUGGACUGAAGGAGGAAGCAGGCAAGCUGAAGCGAACGAUAGACCUGUUCAACGAAGAAAAGGAGAAGCUGGCGGUCAUUGCCAGAAACCUGGAGGACUCGCUCAAUACGACGCUAGGAGAACACGAGCUUGCCGAACUCAUGGAGCAUUUCGAGCCAUUGGUGGAUCCGAAUAAUCAAAUCCACACAGCAGGCGAACAACCCGGCGCCAAUUUAAGAAACAUGUUCAAACCCAAACCGGCGGUGUCCACAAUGUCCGGCAUGCGCCGUGUCUCCGGGGUGGCAGCCACCUCCGUGGAGCAGGCCGACAAGGUCAACCAGCUGCAGAAACUCUGGUUGGACAGCGUAGCUACGAAAGUGAAAAUGGACGGCAACAUCAUUCGGGCCAAUUUCGAUAUUGAAUUGCUGGAGGCGGCGCUUACUGCGGAGAGCUAUUAUGACAAUAAGCGACCGGAAUGUGAGCGCAAGCGCAUCGUCAGGACUAUUGUUCACUCGGUGGCUAGCGAUGAGUUGAUGGGAUUCAAGGAUGCUGAUUUGGGCGAGUACUUCGAUCCGGAUGUGAAGUUCCCUGGCAGGAAUCGAUGCUUAGAAGUGAACUAGUGCCGCUCGGGUACUGAUGUGCCCAGGAUCAAGGUUUUAUUUGCUAGCGCACAUUUCUUUUUAAUUAUUUUAUCAGUGACAAUUGGCAGAACUGCGUAAUUUGCUUAUCAUUAGUUUUUAUUGCAUCGAAAUUGUUGGUGGCUCUUGAUACGUUUCUUUGUCUUUUACGAAGUUGAUCCUGUUAACUUAACUUUUUCUUAACAAGCCUGAGGACUUAAAUUUUUGUUUAAUUCCGGAUGAACGACAAGUCGACAACACAGUAGUAC